UUUUCAACCUCUCCGUCAGAAUCCUGCAAAGCAAAUUUAUUCUAUCAGACGAUCACGCGGACUACAACCCUUCCUGUUAUUUUCUUUCAAGUCUUCUCAAUCAAAUAAGGCGGCGACAAAAAGCAUUGCUUCCUUUUCUUCAUCCCUGUAUGAAUGCGGGCUCUAUUCUCCAUAGCCUCCUCCUUCUUCCUUGAUGUCAGGUUGUAGGUUCUGAAGGGAAAAGAAGUGUGUUGCUGGCUAUGGAGGAGCCGAACAAGCUGAAGCGGGCUUUUAUUGAUGCUUCCGCUGGGGCAAUCUCGGGUGGGAUAUCACGGACAGUGACAUCGCCUCUUGAUGUUAUUAAGAUUAGAUUCCAGGUUCAACUAGAGCCCACAUCUUCAUGGGCUUCACUACGGAAGCAGUUGUAUGUACCAUCAAAAUAUACUGGGAUAGUUCAAGCAAGCAAAGAUAUUUUUAGAGAGGAAGGCGUAAAGGGUUUUUGGCGGGGAAAUGUGCCAGCGUUGCUCAUGGUUAUGCCAUAUACGGCCAUACAAUUUACAGUUUUACAUAUGUUGAAGACUUUCGCAUCUGGUUCUCCCAAGACAGAGAAUCACAUUCAUUUGAGCCCAUAUCUAUCCUUUGUCAGUGGGGCAUUAGCUGGGUGUGCAGCUACUGUAGGGUCGUAUCCCUUUGAUCUUCUCCGAACUAUAUUGGCUUCUCAAGGUGAACCUAAGGUAUAUCCAAAUAUGAGAUCAGCAUUCCUUGAUAUAGGCAGGAGUCGUGGCUUACAAGGCUUGUAUGCUGGAUUAUCACCUACGCUAGUUGAGAUUAUACCUUAUGCAGGCCUACAAUUUGGCACCUAUGAUACAUUUAAGCGUUGGACCAUGGAAUGGAAUCGUUACAAAUAUUCCAACACAAGCUUGUCCUCCACGGAAGAUGGCCUCUCUAGCUUUCAGCUUUUUCUUUGUGGGGUGGCCGCUGGGACGUGUGCCAAACUCGUCUGCCAUCCACUUGAUGUGGUGAAGAAAAGAUUUCAGAUUGAAGGUCUUCAAAGGCAUCCGAGAUACGGAGCUCGAGUUGAGCAUCGCACAUACCGAAAUAUGUUCGAUGCUAUGGAACGGAUAUUGUUGUUGGAGGGUUGGGCAGGUCUAUACAAGGGGAUAGUCCCUUCAACUAUAAAAUCUGCACCAGCCAGUGCUGUAACGUUUGUUGCGUAUGAAUUGACUUCAGAUUGGUUGGAGUCCACACUGACAUAAUUUUUUACGCUUCUAAUUCUUUUCAAUGAUUAUUCAUAUAAUUCCCCCCCCCCAAAAAAAAAAAAAAGACCUAGAAGUUUAGAUGCUUAAAUCCCUCGUAGGAUGGGAAGAAAGCAAGGUGAACAUCCUGAUUUACAUUAGUCAUAGCCUUUUAUAGGCAAAGCUGUGAAGACAACAGAUAGUUCCUAAGAUGAAGUUCAGGGACAGAGCUGAUCAUAGUAUACCUUUGUUCGUAUUUUUUGGCAACUGUGAAUGGCGGCUUCAUGCCACUCAAAUGGUUCUUACUGUUAAUGUAAACUAAAUACGGUUUCCAUGCAUUAUAUGGAGUUCCAGAAGUAAAUCAUAUUAUUCUUGACUUGUAAAUAA